AUGGGGGACGCUCCGAGCCCUGAGGAGAAGCUGCAUCUUAUCACCCGGAACUUACAGGAGGUUCUGGGAGAGGAGAAGCUGAAGGAGAUCCUGAAGGAGCGGGAACUUAAGAUUUACUGGGGAACAGCAACUACAGGCAAGCCACAUGUUGCUUACUUCGUGCCCAUGUCUAAGAUUGCAGACUUUCUGAAGGCAGGUUGUGAGGUAACAAUUCUAUUUGCGGACCUUCAUGCUUAUCUAGAUAACAUGAAAGCCCCAUGGGAACUUCUAGAACUCCGAACCAGCUACUAUGAAAAUGUGAUCAAAGCAAUGCUAGAGAGCAUUGGUGUGCCCUUGGAAAGGCUCAAAUUCAUCAAAGGCACUGACUACCAGCUUAGCAAAGAGUACACACUAGAUGUGUACAGACUCUCCUCUGUGGUCACACAGCACGAUGCCAAGAAAGCUGGAGCAGAGGUGGUAAAACAGGUGGAGCAUCCUUUGCUGAGUGGGCUGCUGUACCCUGGACUGCAGGCCUUGGAUGAAGAAUAUUUAAAAGUAGAUGCUCAGUUUGGAGGUGUUGACCAGAGAAAGAUUUUCACCUUUGCAGAGAAGUAUCUACCUGCACUAGGCUACUCAAAACGGGUCCAUCUGAUGAAUCCUAUGGUCCCAGGAUUAACUGGCAGCAAAAUGAGCUCUUCAGAAGAGGAGUCCAAGAUUGAUCUCCUUGAUCGAAAAGAAGAUGUGAAGAAAAAACUGAAAAAGGCCUUCUGUGAGCCAGGGAAUGUGGAGAACAAUGGAGUUCUGUCUUUCAUUAAGCAUGUCCUCUUUCCCCUCAAAUCUGAAUUUGUGAUACUUCGAGAUGAUAAAUGGGGUGGAAACAAAACCUACACUGUUUACUUGGACCUGGAGAAGGACUUUGCUGAUGAGGUGGUCCACCCAGGAGACCUGAAGAAUUCUGUCGAAGUUGCCUUGAACAAGUUGCUGGAUCCCAUCCGGGAAAAGUUUAAUACCCCUGCUCUGAAAAAACUUUCCAGUGCUGCCUACCCUGAUCCCUCAAAGCAGAGGCAGAAGCCAGUUACCAAAGGCCCUGCCAAGAAUUCUGAACCAGAAGAGGUCAUCCCAUCCCGGCUGGAUAUCCGUGUGGGGAAAAUCAUCAGUGUGGAGAAGCACCCAGAUGCAGAUAGCCUGUAUGUGGAGAAGAUUGAUGUCGGGGAAGGUGAACCACGGACUGUGGUGAGCGGCCUGGUGCAAUUUGUACCCAAGGAGGAACUGCAGGACAGGCUGGUGGUGGUGCUGUGCAAUCUGAAACCCCAGAAGAUGAGAGGACUUGAGUCCCAGGGCAUGCUUCUGUGUGCUUCUAUAGAAGGAGUAAGCCGAAAGGUUGAACCUCUGGACCCUCCCCCAGGCUCUGCUCCUGGAGAGCGAGUGUUUGUGAAGGGCUAUGAGAAGG